CGGUGGGUGCUGGCAGGGAGUGGUGUCCGGCCCAGGUAGAGCCGCCGCGGCCUGAGCCUGCCUGUCCUUCCCUCUAGGAUGCAGCGGUGGCCAGUGGUGCUCUUCCUGGCCUGGGUUUGCUUUCUCUUUUUCGCCGGCAUCGGGCUCUUCAUGAGCGGCUUUUUGCUCACCCGGAUCGAGCUCGCCAGCAGCAGCUCCUGCUCCGACCCGCUCGUGCCGCCGCCCUGGGAGGGGCAGAGCCUCCCGCCAGGCUCCUGCUGGGCGCCCCAGCGCUUCUCCAAGGCCGUACUCGUCAUCAUCGAUGCCCUGCGCUUCGAGUUCGCCCGCUUCGACCCCGGCAAGGCCAGCCCGCUGCCCUACGAGAACAAGCUGGGGGUGCUGCACCAGCUGGCCACCUCCCAGCCCCGGCACGCCCGGCUCUACCGCUUCAGGGCCGACCCCCCCACCGCCACCAUGCAGCGCAUCAAGGGCCUCACCACUGGGUCACUGCCCACCUUCAUUGACGUGGGCAGCAACUUCGCCUCCUACGCCAUCCAGGAGGACAACCUGCUGGCACAACUGGUGCAGAACGGAAGGAAAGUAGUCUUCAUGGGUGAUGACACAUGGGAAGGACUCUUCCCGAAGAAGUUCUUCCGCUCGUAUUUCUUCCCUUCUUUUAACGUGAAGGAUCUUCACACUGUGGAUGAUGGGAUCCUGCAGCAUCUCUAUCCAACUGUGGACAGUGGAGAAUGGGACAUGCUGAUUGCUCACUUCCUUGGCGUGGACCACUGUGGGCACAAACACGGACCCGACCACCCCGAGAUGGCCAAGAAGCUCACCCAGAUGAAUGAGAUGCUCAGGUCCUUGGUGGAUCACCUGGGGAAUGACACCCUUCUUCUGGUGGCUGGGGACCAUGGCAUGACAGAGACUGGAGACCACGGUGGCGACAGCGAGAAGGAAGUAAACGCAGCACUGUUUGUGUACAGCAGGACACCCCUGUUUGGCAGUGGCCCUCCAGAGGAGCCUGAGACCAUUCCCCAGGUGAACCUGGUGCCCACUGUGGCCCUGCUGCUGGGUGUCCCCAUCCCCUACAGCAACAUUGGGGAGGUGAUGGCCGAGCUGUUCUCUGGGGAUGGUGACGCUGUGUCUGCAGCCUUGCAGCAGCUCUCGGUCUAUCACAUCAACGCCAAGCAGGUGGAUCGCUUCCUGCACUCCUACUCGCUGGUGGCUCAGGACCUGCCAGCAGAGCAGCUCCAGCACCUGCGGGAGCUUUUCUCCAGCACCGUGGAGGAGCACACUCAGCUCUUGGCCCAGGUGCAGGGAACAACGCUGGUGCCUCCGGAGCUGGAGUCCAGGCUGGGAAGCCUCAUCGGUCGCUUCCAGCUCUACCUGCGGGAGGCGCGGGCUGUGUGCACCCAGUCCUGGGCCCGCUUCCAUCCCCUGCGUAUGGUGGGGGGCUGCAUCCUUGUUGCAGCUUCCUGCUUGCUCUGCUACAUGGCCUCGGAGCUGCCCACAUCCUCGGACUCCUUCUGUCGCAGCUGCCUCCUGUACCCGCUGCUCUGGGGCCUUGUAGGGGCUGCUCUGCUUGGGCUGGCCCACAUUUUCACCCAGGAGGGGCUGGACCUUCUCCUGGUGUCAUCAUGGGCAGCUGCUGCUUCUCAGAUGGGAUUUUUCUGGCACUGGUGGGGCCGGCAUCCCAAGAGAGCACGUUUGGUGGGCAGUCAGCCACCCUUGGCCAGCAGUGGCCUGAGGCAGAGACUACGAGCAUGGCUGGGGCUGGCAUUCCCCAUGGGCAUCCUGUUCUUCCGCUGUGGAGCCAUGUUCUCAGAUAGCUUUGUUGUGGCUGAGGCGAGGGUGGCCCCGUUCCUGCUGGCCUCGCUGGUCAUGUUGCUGGUAGGAAAGCUCCACUGGGACGGUCGCCUGACUGUGCCAGAAAGCCCCAAGCAGCAGCUCCUUGGCUUUUCCUCUUACCGGAAAGAGAUCUGGUACCUGCUGUGCCUCGUGGCCGUGCUCCUGGUCUGCGUCCGCCUCUCCGGCUUCUUCCACCAGUGCCGUGAAGAAAUUCCUCAGUGCCGGCCCUCUCUUUUCCUCUCCCCCCUUGCCAGCCUGAGAAACACACGGGCCAAGAACCUCUUCUACCUCCUGUGCGUGGCCUUGCUGGCUGGGCUGGUGUAUGCAGUGCGGAGCUGGCUGCGGCACUACGGCAACCUGAACAGCUCAAACCCCCUCGUGCUCUUUGUGCGCUGGGGCUUCCCACUGGUGGUGCUCUGCAUUGCCUGCUACUGGGCCGUGGCUUCCAGCACUGACGACUCCCUGGGCAAGCUGCAGGAGCUGGUGCAGGCGGCAGUUGUUGCCUUUCCGUGGGCCGUCUAUGGACUGGUGUCUGUGGGACUGCUGCUCCUGCUGUGUAAUCCCAUGACGGUGUUUGCCAAGGACACACGGGAGUCGGCAGGAUCCAUCGUCACCCCCUACCUGGGGGUUCCCAGCUCCGAAGUCGACUUUCUCCACGUCAUCCCUCAGAUCUACAAGAGGAUGCAGGAGUCCCAGAAGAGCCGUCUGGAGCGGGGCAGCUGCAGGGCCACGGUCGCGGCGUACGGGCUGGGCAGCGUGUACUCGGCAGCCCUGGUCAUAGCCCUCACCCUCCUGGGCUUCCUCCUGAUGCUCCUGCACAGCGAGCGCCUGAGCUUCGCCUUCCUGCUGCUCUUUGUGGAGGCCUUUGUGCUGCUGCACAUCCACACGUGUGCCAGAGGCCUUGCUGGAGAUGCUGACCCUUUUUCGGUGCCCUGGUAUGCAGUCAUCUCCUGGCUCCUUGCUGCUUCCCAGUUCUUCUAUUCCACAGGCCACCAGCCCAUCUUCCCAGCCAUCCACUGGAAUGCAGCCUUUGUUGGCUUCCACCUUGACCACAGCACGAACCUCCUGCCCGCUGUCUUGGUGGGCGCCAACACCUUUGCCUCCCAUAUCCUCUUUGCAGUUGGCUGCCCCCUGCUCCUGUUGUGGCCCUUUGUGUGUGAGAUGCCCAGCUCACAGAGGAAGAAGCCCAAGAAGGAGUCACAGGAGGAGCUGCGGGAGGUGGAGGAGCGCAUGAUGGAGAUGAGGCUGCGGGAGUCUCCAGAGAAGUUCUCCACUGCUCUGUUGCAGCUGGGGCUGAAGUACCUCUUUGUGCUUGGGACACAGCUUCUAGCCUGUGUUUGUGCAGCCAUGAUCCUCAGGAGGCACCUCAUGGUCUGGAAGGUCUUUGCCCCCAAGUUCCUCUUUGAGUCGCUGGGCUUUGUGGUGAGCAGCGUCUGCCUCUUGCUGGGGAUCUCCCUGGUGAUGCGUGUGGACUGCGCCGUCAGCACCUGGUUCAGCCAGCUCCAGCUCAGGUAGCGCCGGAGACACGGGGAUCCUGACCUGCUCGUCGGCCCAGGCUGUGGUUGUCCCCUUGCCUCCCUCGGGCUGGGAGGGGUACACGAGCCGCCAGCAAUGAGUGCCUGCCGGCAGCAGUCAGGGAUUAUCCCCUGCUCCCUGCCUCUGCGCUGUAGAAAAGGACCAGAGUCAACUGUUCCUCGCUCACAGCGGGGGUGUUUCUCAGCAGGGGAGGUCAGAGCUCUUGCUGGGCCUUUGCUGGCAGCAGGAGGACUCUGCUGCAGGAGCCCAAGGCACAAAGCGUCCUGGAGCGCUCCUCUGGAGAAACACCAAUGGGGAUAUUGCUGCUGCUUUCCUGACAACUGUCUCCACUGUGCAGCUGGAAGGCUUCAGUGGGCAGCAGGAUGUCAUGUUGCCUGUGCAAAGACUCAUGGGAUGGGGCCUGCUGAGGAUGGAAGAGGAGGCUAGAAGGAGAGGGAAUGUCCCACAGCCACCCCUUGUUUUCACACUGGAAUCAAAGUGUAAGGGAUUAACAUGUGCAGAUGGCUCCCAGGGCCUUGGUGGCAGCUGCUCCUCUGUAAAGUCAGUCAGUUGCUCUGUAGUGAGG